AUGGGCUCUAUAUUACUAAAUGCACCCCUAAUCCAUAUAUUACUUUCAUGCGAGGGCCGCGUAGGGCAAGUGUGUCGUAUCCUUGGUUGCGAAAGUGUAUCAAGUGUCCACUCGGCGCAGAUAUAUACCGCCCAAAGGGCUCCACAAGCCAUAGUUUCAGUCACACGAUCAGCGCACGCGACAGUCAUGUACGCUAAGUUAUUUAUGUUAUGCUGCGCGUGCGCGGUGGCGACUGCGGCGCCGGGACUGUUCGACGUGGGCUACGGGGCGCCGGCGCUCUCGCACUCGUACGCGGCACCUAUCGCUUAUUCCGCACCAGUCAUCAAAUCCUACGCCGCACCCGUCGCCGUCAAGACUGUGGCGACUCAAGUGCUAAAAGCUGAACCUAUCGACCCGAACCCCGCAUAUAGCUACGCAUACGGCGUGGCCGACCCACACACUGGUGACCACAAGGACGCGCAGGAGACCCUCCAGAACGGUGUCGUCCACGGAUCCUAUAGCUUGGUGGAGCCUGACGGCCACCUCAGGAAGGUCACAUACACAGCUGACAAGGUUAACGGCUUCAAUGCUGUCGUUGAAAGGACUGGUUCUAGCCACGCAGCGCCGGUUGCCAUAGCUCACGCACCAGUAGCUGUGGCUCACGCGCCCAUCGCCAUCGCCGCCCCCGUCGCCAAAUACUCCCUCCCCGCCAUCGGACACCCCUGGCGC